AUGAAUCAGAUUCCAGGAUCCGUCAUCGCCAUCAUUUUCUUCAUCGCAUUGGUCACGGUGGUGAGCAAUGAAACACUCGUCUCCUCGGUUUCCAAUGUACCGCUCGAUGCAACAUCUGAAGAUUUUGCUACAGUCUCACAUAACAAGAAAGAAGAAAAAGAGCUAAAGUCUCAGUCAUUGUACGAUCUUCCAGAAACGGCCAGAGACAAUUCACUGGGAAUACGAAAAGUUCCUAAAUGUUUGGUCAAUCUGCACAUUCCCAAAGUGGGAGGAAGGACAGUGGGGACCUUUCUCCAACAAGUGACCAAUGUUACUGGAUUUGAACGAUAUCCAUUAUACGGACACAAAGGGGAACAAAAUUGGGAAGAUAUUGUCCAAGCCAAACGAACUCGUCGAAUCCACAAGAAACAUGAUGAUUCUGCUGAUAAUAAUGAUUCCAAGGACAGCACCACCACCACCACCACCAGCAACAACAACAAUGAAUAUUACGACAGUUUCUUUGUGCAAGGUCACUUUACUGCCAGGAUCUUUGAUACUUAUCCAGAGCUGAAGGAAUGCCUCAUCAUGACAGUUCUAAGACAGCCCGUGGAUCGAGCCAUCAGCGCGUUCUUCUUUCACAAUCAUCGACGAUAUGAAAUUGACAAGUGCUUGUCAUCCGAAAAUUACGACCCACUACGGAAUAGUACUGGUGAUGAUGCUGGAGAUGCGAAUCGUCAUCAUCAAGAAGAGGAAGAGCCUCCGGGAAUGGUGAUCCAACGAGGCAAUGCCACUACGAUUCUCAUGUCUUCCACGAUGACGAGUCAAAAGGAUGAUCUAGAGGUUGGAGCUAAAUCUCGACUUGCACUGGCACGCAUGAAUGCCCAGAAAUUGAGAAAUAGCAAUCGUCGAUCUGGUGGGGGCAAUCAACGCUGCAAAUUGUUUUGGCAAUACUCCAAUGACAUGACCUUACGAUUUGCCGGACUUCCCGAGCUGCCGUGGAAAUCCUGGGAAAUGAGUGAAAGGGGUCGCAAAUGGAGAAAGGACAAGAACAUGCAUCAGGCAUUCGAAAAGGCUCGAUUACAAAAUUUGUUUUCUGUCUCGUCGAUUCCUCAGGCAAAUGAAACCCAUCUAGAACGAGCCAAAGCGAAUAUGAAGAAUUACGUCUCGUUGGUUUGCUUCUUGCACGACUUGCCAUCGUGUGCCAAGCGCAUCUUGCAAGCCUUUCAGUUGGAUGUUGGUAACGAUUCCUCCUCUGAAAUCAUAGAUCUCUCCAUCAUGAGUGCAAACAGGACUUUGACGACAAAGUUCAAAACGAAAUCUCGGCCGGACCAAUUGGAAGAAAAGGAACUGCAAAAGUUUCAAGAGGCAAAUCGAUUCGACCAAGCACUCUACGAUUGGGCAUUAGAACAAUACUCAUCACAGUAA